AGCUCUAUUGUUGAAAGUGAAACUGUUGCCUGCAGGUACCUUCAAUUUGGAGUCGAACGGCUGCGGCGCAGACAGUCCAAGUCAAAAUGCAGACAGCAGGGUUAGUUGUGCUGUAUGUGGCGGUAGCCACCUUGGCACCUGUUACCGAGGCACAGUUCCCUAGCGUGUGUACCACGGCGGAUCACCUGAGAAGUAAGGAGUGCUGUCCCGUACCUGCAGGCAGGCGCUUCACGCAGCCAUGCGGCGGGCCUGGGCGGGGGAGCUGCCGGGUCAUCCCCGAUGGUACCAUGAAGGUUUAUGACCACAAGCCGAACUGGGCCCGAGACGACCGAAGCCAAUGGCCCAAGCUAUUCUUCAACCGAUCAUGUGCCUGCGAAUUCCCGUUCUCCGGCUAUGACUGCAGCAAGUGCGUUUGGGGGCGCUAUGGGUCUGCCUGUGAUGUCGCCAAAACUAUCGUGCGGAAAAAUGUCACAGGCCUUUCGUCUGAGGACAGAGUUAAGUACCAGACAUAUCUCAACAGAGCGAAGACCGUCGUGAGCGACUACGCCGUGGCCACGGAGUUCUAUGACACCAUGGUCAACUCUGAUGGGAUCAACCCGAGCUUUGUCAACGUUUCUGUGUAUGACCUCCUCGUCUGGAUGCACUACUACGCUUCACGAGAGACGAUUUUGUCUCCAGACAAUGACAUUUGCAAGGUCGAUGGUGACUGUGUGUUAGACAUGGCGCAUGACGCUGUGGGCUUUCUGACUUGGCAUCGCGGCUACCUGCUAGAAAUGGAGCGGUUAAUCCAGGAGGUGAACAAUGACCCCGACUGGGCCUUACCGUACUGGGACUGGACAGUGUCUGAACAGUGUGACAUCUGCACUAACGACUUUGUGGGAGCCAACGACGACAACGGGAAUCUGGACAGUGGGUCUGCAUUCGCAGGGUGGGAGGUUCUCUGUACAGACUCGGAAGAACAACAUAACAUAUUAAAACCGUGCGACCCCAACCACCGACGCGUACCACCUGAGAAGCUGAAGAGAAACCCGGGAACACAGGAUAAAGGGAAGUGGGGAGAUUCCAUCGACGAACUACCUCGGAAGGAGGAAGUCGAUUUUGCACUGCGUUUUGCGACGUUUGACAGCAGCCCUUUCGACAAGACCUCUGACUGCGUCUUCCGUAACUUAGUGGAAGGCUACGCGGACACAAAAACUGGCAAAUAUCGUCCGGAUGAUACAGGACCGAAUGGAGAAAAGAUUCCCGGGGCCCACACUCUCCACAACCACGUGCAUCUCUACCUGAACGGCACCAUGAGUGAUGUACCCUCGUCAGCCAACGACCCAAUCUUUUGGCUUCAUCACGCCUUCAUUGACCGUAUCUUCGAGAAAUGGCUGCGAAAGUUCAAACCUGCUGUUUCUGAGUACCCGCUAGAUGGCGCUCCACCAGGCCAUAACAGGGAUGAGUACAUCGUGCCUCUCUUCCCACCCUACACACACGAGUCUGUCUUCAAAGCGUCAACUGACUUGGGCUACGACUUUGAAGGAGUAGAUGCUGACGGAACAUCUGAUGGGGAUGAAGAGGGCAACACCGACCUGGGGGAGUGUAAAAAUGGGUCGGAAGCAGUCAGCGUUGUUGCUAGCAUUGCCACGCCCUUGGCGACCAUCUCCGCCAUCGCUGGAGCAUUGAUCAUCAUAUUACUCACCAAGAACUAACAGUAACACUUUUGGCUGUUUGGCACAAUACAUCAACCCCCUUUAUGCAUGCUUCAGGCACUUGAUUGAAACUUAACGUUAGUAUACAUUUUCUGACAGAGUUUUACAGAGAAAAAUGUUGGUAAUGUUUGUGUGUGUGGCGUGUGUGUGUUUGUAUAUUUUUUUGGACGUGGUAUGGUCUUGGUGUUUUUGGUAGCAAAUUCUGGGCCCCUAGGAUCUUGCUCUGGAACUGCAGUGGCAUUUUUGUUAAUUAUUCAAGGAGGAUAACAUAACCAAAGGAAAUACUUCAAUAAUUUCUAUAUUGGGCAUACAAGUAGCUUAGACAUAGAUGUACACAAUGAGAUGCAUAUCAUGCAAACAAGGACUCAAUUCAACUGUUUUCCAUAAGAACAAGCUGGUGAGUUUUAGUCAGAUGUGUACA